AUGCAGGUACUCUACGCCAUUUCUGCCCUCAUUGGACUUUUUGGAUAUUGCCUAUACUUGACCUUGCAGCGCCUGGUGUUGAGUCCGAUUGCACGGUUUCCCGGCCCACCCCUGGCAGCUCUCACCUACUGGUACGAAUUCUAUUUCGAUGUUGUCAAACGUGGGCAAUUCUACAAGGAAAUCGAGCGCUUGCACUCGAUAUAUGGCCCUAUCGUACGAAUCAACCCCUACGAGCUCCAUGUACGCGACCCGGACUGGUACAGCACACUCUAUGCCGCCGGUGGACGCCGCCGCAACAAGUCAGAGUGGUUUGUAGGUCGAACUGGCGGUCAAUCAGUGUUUGGCACCAUCGACCACGACCACCAUCGACUCCGAAGAGCAGCACUCAAUCCCUUCUUCUCUAGAGCUUCUGUCAUAUCUAUAGAGCCUCUCAUUCAAGAAAGAGUUGACAGACUCUGUGAAGCGUUGAGGGAGUAUGCCCUAUCAAAAGCCGUUGUCGAGAUGCACACUGCAUUCAUGUCUUUGACUUUGGAUAUAAUAUCCACUUAUGCAUUUGGAGAAAGCUAUGGUUUAUUGGACAAGCCAGGCUUCUCGCCGGAAUGGAAACAUGCUAUUGAGUCCAUGACAGAAUCAUCGAUAACGAAUCGACAUCUUCCCUGGGUGGCUGAUACCUUAAGCAAAAUUCCUCCUCAUCUGGCAGCAAAAAUCAGUGAACCGGUUUCAUUCUUUCUGGGCGUACAAGGAAAGAUCAAAACUCAAGUUGAAGCUACACUGGCCGGUAAACCUGGCGAGAGCCGGGGACAAUACAGGACGAUCUUCCAGGAACUUCGCGAUAGCGACCUACCGGCGUCAGAAAAGACCGUGCAACGUUUGAUGGACGACGGGCUCAUACUACUCGGUGCUGGAGCAGAUACGACAGCACAUACUCUUGCGGUCUUGUGGUUUCAUCUGUUACAGAACCCCGAUACCCUUGCGAAGCUCACUCAAGAGCUCCAAGAGGCGAUUCCAGAUCCGCACAACCCGCCGCCUUGGGCCAAAUUGGAACAGCUACCAUAUCUCCGUGCGGUCAUUCUCGAGGCGCAUCGGGUAGAGGCAGUGAUAACUGUGCGGCUUAUUCGCAUCGCACCGAACGAAGACCUACAGUUCCGUGACUGGACCAUUCCCGCUGGUACGGAAGUGAGUAUGAGCACGCACUUCAUACAUCUCGAUCCAGAUAUCUUCCCAAAUCCGCAUGAGUUCGAUCCAGAGAGAUGGCUCGGGCCCGAUAAAAGCAAGGAGAAAUAUGUUAUGCCAUUUUCUAAAGGCUCCCGGGCAUGUGUUGGUAUUCAUCUUGCGAGUGCAGAAUUGCUUCUGACUGUUGCAUGUCUGUUUCGAAGAUUCAAGUUUGAGUUAUACGAGACCACAGAUAAAGAUGUGGAGAUUACGUGGGAUGGGUUCUCUGGUGGGUUCAGACCGGAGUCAAAUGGAGUUAGGACAAAAGUGGUGAACGCAGUGUAG